AGCAUCACUGAACUGGUGCAGUGCAAAAGCGCUCGCUCAUCCUCACCGAUGGUGUGCAGAACAAGGGGGACAUAAAAAUCCUUUUCUUAAAACAAACACACAAAAAAAAAAAAAAAAACCCCACAACAAAAAAUUCAUCAUGAGCUACGAUUCCUACAUCUCCUACCGCCGCCCUUGGGACAGCUACAAAGGCUCCCGAACCAAAUCCUCCAUGUCUUCCUCUUUCUACUCGUCUUCCCGAGCUCCUCCACCGCCAGGGAAGAGGAUCCUGAGGACGGCCUCGUCCUCGCUGCCGGACGGGUCCCAGAGGAUGGACCUGGCUCAGGCCAGCUCCCUCAACACGGAGCUGCUCGGGGUGAGGUCCCAGGAGAGGGCUCAGCUGGUGGACCUCAACGACCGCUUCGCCACGUACAUCGAGAAGGUGAGACACCUGGAGCUGCAGAACCGGGCCCUGCUGGCCGAGCUGGACGCGCUGAAGAGGCGGCAGAGCGACCCGUCCCGCCUGCAGGGGCUUUACGAGGGGGAGGCGCGGAGCCUGAGGGCCAUGAUCGAUUCGGAGAGCGGCGAGAAGAUGCGCAUGGAGGCGGAGAGGGACUAUCUGCGGGACGUGUACGAGCAGAUGAAGGAGCGCUGCGAGGAGGAGGCGAGGCGGCGCGUGGACGCCGAGGAGGCUCUGCAGAGGGCCCGGGAGGAGGCGAGCCGGGCCGUGGUCUACAACUGCGACGCCGAGGCCACCGUGGCGUCCCUGUCCGACGAGAUGGCGUUCCUGAAGAAGGUGUUCGCGGAGGAGCAGGCGGAGCUGCAGGCGCAGCUGCAGGUGGCCAGCAUCAGCGUGGACGUGGAGGUGUCCCGGCCCGACCUGUCCAGCGCCCUGCGGGACAUCCGGGCCCAGUACGAGCGGCUGGCGCACAAGAACAUGCAGGCGGCCGAGGAGUGGUACCAGAGCAAGUUCGCCAGCGUGGCGGAGAUGGCGAGCAAGAACAACGAGGCGGUGCACGCCAUCCGGGAGGAGACGCAGGAGUACCGGAGGCUGCUCCAGUCCCGCUCGUCGGAGAUCGACGCGCUCAGGAACGUCAUCAACUCCCUGAACAAGCAGCUGGAGGAUCUGGAGGAGACGCAGGCCAAGGAGGUGACGAAGUACCAGAUGAGGAUCAGCGAGCUGGAGCAGGACAUCGCCGAAGCCAAGCAGGAGAUGGCUCGAUACCUGAGAGAGUACCAGGACCUCCUCAACGUGAAGAUGGCUCUCGAUAUUGAGAUCGCUGCGUACAGGAAACUUCUGGAGGGGGAGGAGAUUCGACUGGCUUACCCUUCCCUCCCAGGGCUCAUUUAGAAUUAAAAGCCACCAACCCGGCGUAAAACCUUCAUCCUCUCUCAUUUCUUUGACAUCCUCCCCUUCAUCGUCUUUCCUCCCCCCCCCCCCAAAAAAAAUACCCCCUCCCACACAUUUCAUUCCUUCCUCCUCCCAAAACUAAAAAAAACGCUCAUCUUUCUCAAGACAGCUGCGCCCUUGUGCUAAACAAGAGGUCCAACAAACAAGAAGUCCCCCUUCUUCUACACACGUUCUGACACCACACAUCAAGAAGACGGCGAACGUGGAAAAAAACGCAGAGUGGCUGCACUGCAUUAGUUACGCAAAGCUACGUCGAGACGGACGGACGCGUUGUUGUUGUCGUUUCUUGGUCGAGUUCCUCCCGUUUUUUUCGUGCACAUUAGUUAAACAACAGAGUUAAACAUUUGACCUUAUAAAUAAAUAAAAAAAAAGCCUCACUGUGCAAACAUUUGACCAAUUGUUUGUGACGGAGGACGAAAAACUAAGAGUAGAAGCUCGUGUUUGAGGAACUCCACCAAUAAAUGACACGACAUCCUGGUUCUGUGGUAGUAGUAGUAGUAGUCAGUGAACCAGUAACCUUAAAAUCUUCCUUUCAAUGCGUUAGAAACCCAUUGUUUCGUUUUUUAGUUCGUCUUCCUCCGCUUUUACACUUGCAGGAAGCUUUAAGUUCUUCCUUGUGCACGUGCAAAUGCGGUGGAGGGUAAAAACGUUACUGGUUCCCCCCGUUUUUAAUCGAGCAGUGUGUCUCUCUCAUGCUAGAUUUUUCAUUUGAAGCUUAGUUGUGAAACUGAAAGAUAAAGUGCAGGGGCUCCUUGUUGUCUGUCUGCUAAACCUAGACCUAGAUGGUGCUUUACAUCUCUGAAACUAAUACAAAGUCUGCACCAUUACACGCUCGGUGUCCAUGUAACAGCCGGCAACAAGCUGAAUAAACAUAUAACUGACCUGCAA